UUUACGACUUCGUAGUUGUAUUUACAGUGUUCUUUUAAAAUUCUUAUACUUGAAAACGUGAGGGGGUUUGCCUAUUGAGUGAAACGCACAGGUUGAUAUUGUCAACAUUCAGGCAGCUGCUUACUGUAGUGUACUGUCGUAGUCUCGAUGAGAAAACUACUAGCCGAAAGAGUAGAGUUUUUCUGCUCAAUGAGCAUGAGGCUUAUAGUUAUUGGAUAGUUUUGGUCUUACUUUCAUGCUUAGAAAUGCCUCUCAGAAAUAAAAGUUAAGUGGAUGGUUUAUAUUUGCGUUGUGAACUUAAAGUAUGCGAUUGUCAAAACAUUAGACAAAUGUAAACAUGGCGGCAGACUGUGUGGAGCUGUGUUUAUGUUCAUGUAGUGUGGAUAUGCGAGGGUCUUGAGAGAGAAUAACGAGCACAAAAUGCGAGUUCUAAACUCAGCCUGGAUGCUGGGCAAGAAAUGAAUGUCUUUCGAGCCCUCAUUCCUUGUGCGUUGCAGCGUAGUUGCUGGGCGGGAGAUGAUCGCAUGACUGGUAGAAUGGGAGCAUCUGCCUCCAACCUGGCAGCAGAGUCUCAGGGCCAAGUUGGUGCUAUGAGUCAAACUGCCAGAUAUUCGCCUGCUUUUCAACCUGUUGUUGCACCUUCAGGAACAAGUGAACAAAUGUCAGUGGCUGUAAGGGAGAGGAAGAAAAAAGCAACUGGGUUUGCAACACUCAGAAAAAGAUUUAUUCGUCGUCGUCGGUCAUCAAAGGCGUGUGAUCACGGGCGUGUAUUACGUGAGCUGGUUGCUGAAUGGGGACCUAUGGAAGUUGGAGCUUUAUUGGAAGAAUACGAGGCAUUGGCAGCCUUGAAGGACCUAUCAGUGCAAGCAGAGUUGGCAAGACCACCAGCCGCUACUUACAAACAAGAUCUGUCAACGUUAUACGAUUUUAAAUAUUGUACAGAUGCAGAUUUGGUGUUCAGAGGGUUGUGCUUCCCAGUGCAUCGUGCUUUGCUGUCUGCGAGGUGUCCGUAUUUCAGAGACUUGCUUGCUGGCUGUCCAGGAUAUGGAGCACGCAUUUGCCUUGAGCUUAGGACUCCUGGAGUUGAUGUUCAGAUGUUUUCUGCUUUAUUACGAUAUUUAUACACAGGUGACAUCUGUCCUCAUGAUGGUAGUUUGGAUGUUGGUUUGUUACAGAGGCUUGGUGAGGAAUUUGGUAUGCCGAAUCCUCUUGAUCAUGACUUGCGAUAUCUGUUAGAAACGGGUGAUUAUGCUGAUGCUGCUUUGGUUUUUACUUCUGACGGGGAUUAUCAGAGGCCAGACUCAGGAAGUUCUGAAUAUGGCUUUCGGCCAAAACUAGAACUUCCUUGUCAUAAGGCAAUUCUGAGUGCAAGAUCUCCCUUUUUCCGCAAUUUGAUACAGCGUCGUACCCGCUCUGGAGAGGAGCAUACAGAAAGAGCUCUUCAUAUACCAACAAGAAUAGUGUUGGAUGAAAGUGUAAUACCAAAACGUUAUGCUCGUGUGCUGUUACAUGCUGUUUAUUUGGAUACUGUGGACCUUUCAUUAAUAUUAAGAGGCAGUGGUUGUGGAAGCAGUGCAGGAAGUUUGGGAGAGGUGCAAGCCCUGACAAAUACUGGUAGAACACGUCCAAGUCCUUUGGAAGAAGCAAUGGAACUUUAUCAGAUCGGCAGAUUCUUGGAACUGGAUAUACUUUCUCAGGGUUGUGAAGAUUUAAUUUUAGAGUGGCUGACUUUGGAAUCACUACCAACAGUAUUGAGAUGGGGAAGCCAACCUCAUGGUUCAGCUUGGGUACACCGUCAGGCUCUUCACUUUUUACGAGAGGAGUUUCAGACAGUGGCACAGUCACCUGUAUUACACCAGCUUGAUAAAUCUCACUUGAUUGAUGCUCUGCACAGUCACUUCUUGCAGGCAAGUGAACUGGAAGUUCUGCAGGCUGUCUUGAAAUGGGGAGAACACGAGCUAAUUCGCCGAAUGGAAGAUAGAGAGCCAAAUCUUCUUAGUCAUACAGCCCAUUCAGUGUCAAGGAAGGGUGUAAAGAAACGUGACCUGAGUGAUGUUGAACUUAGAGAAAUUUUGUCAGAUUUGUUGCCACUGGUACGUAUGGACCAUGUACUGCCUCCAAGUAGUGAAGUACUUAGCCAAGCAAUCAGACGGGGCCUUGUAAGCACGCCACCCAGUCACAUGAUAGGAGAUGAAAGAGAGAACUUGCGCCUAAACGCAUGGAUACGAUGUGGGAAGAAUAAUGGACUUUUUGUUCGGCCUCGUCUGUUCAUGCCGUAUUAUGAAGAAAUAAAGGCACAGCUUGAUGAUCAUAUGCUACAGGAGGUAGAAUUACUUCGAAUACGAAGAGCUCGAUAUGCCCCUGACAUUCCUGAUACGCUGUACAUGGUGGAGGAGAAACCUCGACCAAUGGGUGCAGCUGGUGUUGAUGUUCUAGCUGCAGCACUUCCAGAUGCUGCCACCAUGACAGCUAUGUUAAAAAGGGAGCAGAAGUUAAGACAGUCUCCUAGCUGCCAAAGAGCCAUUGCCUUGCCAUUAUCUAAUCGCCAAGAAAUCAAUAAACAAUUAAGACUUCGUGUUGUAAGAGAGUUCAACUUGCCAGAUGCUGUCUCUGAUUUGCUAGAGACAGCAGCUUGUUAUUGUGCUCAGGAAGAAGAGGAAGAUGUUGCUAUGGACGGAGAACCAGUUAAGGCACCUGUUGGAAAUAAACAGCCAAUAUGCUCUCCUGGGAUACCGCCAAAUUUUGGCCGGAAUAUGACCUUCCCACGUGGUCACACAAGUUAUUCACAGCGCCACGAGUUGCCAGCCAUUGUCACGGAGGGUGAUGCUUAUAGAAGUCACGGAGAGCCUGAAAGCAGUUCAUGCAGCGAUGGGCACUUAUCGGACAUAAUGCCAGAUGUGGCAAUGGCAACAGCGUCCUUUGGCCAACUGCAGUUACAAGAUGGUCAGGAACUGGAGCUUGACCUCGGUGAUGGAGCAAGCCAUUUGGGAUUUGGAGGCCUCAGCACUGUAUCAACUAGGGGUCCGAGCUCUCGUGCUGCAUCUCACAGUGCUGCACCCUACCAUCGCUACCUGUCUGCUGUCGGUCCCAGCCCUCCCCCUCCAUAUCGUCCAUCACCAUCUCUUGGACAUGGACACUCUACAUACCACUCAGGUCCACCACGCUUCAUAUAGUCCACUGGUAUUCCCUCUUUUAUUAAAGAGGAGUGCCCAAGCUCAUGGGUGCAAAACUUCUUGUGGUGUUACAGCAGGAUCUAAAUUUCACUGGGAAUGUGUGUUAUUAUGUUCAGACAGCUUCAGUGAUGAUGCAUGUAUUGUAUAACAUGCAAGUAGUAAUUUGUAUGUAUAGAUAGCCACUGCUGGAAUCUGGUAGCAAGUUUCUUUUGUGACAUUUGUAUAAAGUUUAUUGAUAUAAUGCUAUUUUAAUGUGAUAGUAACACAUGUGAAAGUGUUAGAGCUGUGUUAUACAUCCAUUUGCGAAAUGAAAUGGAAGCUUGUAAAUAUUGUUUCCUUUUUUCAUUUUCAUUACUUUGUUAUUGUUACUGUUACUUUUCUGUCUGUCUUUUCUUUUUUUUUUUUCUUUUUUUAAGUAAGAGUUCUGUGAAGCAGAGACUGAGAAAGCACAAGCAUUGGUCAAUGAGUAAUCCUCUGGUGCAGAAUUGCUGGUAGAAAUACUAAUGUCACUUGUAUGUGCUUUGUUCAUUUUCUGCUGACACAAAUUCAAAUCACUCUCUAUUUGCUAUCUGCAUUGAAAUAAUGGCACUGCCAUAAGUACCAGAAAAUUACUCGUAUCUUAAUCAAAAAUAUUGUUUUGAGAAUCUGAUACCAAGCUUUUGGGAAACUAAGUUACUUAUAGACGAUGGGUUUUGUAGAAUCUGCUGUUACUGUUGUGAUUUAAAAAUGAAGCCACAAAAUUAUAUUUAUUAGUUUUUUUUUAGAAUUUGUGGGGAAACAGCUGAAGCUAUCUACUCUAAAGUUGUUGUUAAUAACUUGUGGAAUGGGUGCCAGUUAUGAGGUGUAGUCAUGGAAUGGGCAUCUCAUGAUGCAAUGCCAUAAAACUCUGUAUUAAAGAUUUGUGGAAACCAGCACUGCUAGCCACUCACUCCUUGCUUAAUCAUCACUUAUGAUGUGUACUCUGGUCAGAAUUCUUUACAGACACCCUAGAGAUAUAUUAAUGCUCACCCUCAAGGUUUGAGCAUGUUGUACUUAUUCUGUGUCGAGCUUCUACAUUCCUUUAUAGCAAAUAAAUCUUGCUUAAAUUUAAAGACAGUGUAUCUGUUAGGUAUGUUUCUUUGCAAAAUGUGCAUUCAGCUUCCUAGAACAUGUGACUGUAAUACGUCGGGACUAGUGGUCUAGUGGUGAAGCACAUGCCUGGAAACCAAAAGGUGGUGGGAUUGAAUCUCUGUCGGACCUUGAAUUUUUUCAGUGUGCCUUUAACCGACUCUUCACCUCUGAUAUUAAGAUUCAGCAGCAACAACACAUAGUUCAGAUUCCACAUUAAACUGUACGACAUGUUUUCUCGGUAGAUUUACUGGAGUAGGUAGAGACAUGCAAGUUGUCAAAAUGGUGUCCAAUUGAGAAGUGUGCGCCAAGUUGUUGAGCAACAGGAAAAUAUUAUUUAUUAUUACUGUAAUAUUAUUUCUUUGCAAAUGUUAGCAGCCAUGGUGUCUUUUCAAGGGCUCUGAUAACCUCUUGUCAGAUCAGUGUUGUCUGUUACAAUCAGCUUGUCUGUUAUGUUGGUGAGACCUUCAUUCUGCCCCAGUUGUUUUAAAAUAAUAAUUGCAAUUUUUUGUAAUGGUGAGGGUAACUGUUCUCAUUUUUGUUUCAAUUUUUGUUCCAUAGAACAGAAAUGAAGACCAUUAUUGCAAUAUAAUCAUGAGAAAAUAAUGGCUAUAUUCAGCUAUUUUCAGUUCAUUUUAGUGUACUUUUUGCAGAUUGAUCUAAUAACAUCAUUUAAAAUUGUGUGACAGUACCAAUUGCAUACUAUGAAAAUUAUUUCCCAUUGUGUAUCUGUUAGAACUGUUAUUUACUGUUCUGAGAUCAUUCUCAUGAAAAAGCGUUACUAAUAAACAUUUUACUUCACAUUUGUUGGUCGGUGACUAAGAGAAGUGAAUUUCGUGUUAUUUUCUUCAUGUUGCCGGACAUCAUUAUGUGCUAAUUUAUGCACUCCAUACUUCAUAGGAUCUUGAAACUGAAUAUGAGAGAGAAAAUGGAAAUGUCACAAAUACUAAGCUUUUGCAUUAUUUGUUUAAUUAUUACUUUAUAUUUAAUUGUAAACUAUAGCAGUAUUAACAGAAAUUUUUAAGAUCUACUGUGGAAUGUUCUGUUGAUAGCUGACUGUUUCUUGUAGGUGAUGUUCAUGAGAGGCAGACAUUAAAAUGCCAUUUCACAAAUAAAUUUUCAACUUGUCAUUGUGCUGUCAGAAAACAUAAAAAAACAAAAUCAUUGCAUUAAUGACAUUCAGAUUAUUAGCUCAUUGCUCCAAAAUGCAGGAAAGGCUUGGCAACAGCGUGUGAUUGUGGCAUUAUCUUCACUUUCUUUUUGUCUCAUUGAAUCACACACACAGUAUUGGGCCAUUGAAAAUAUGACAAGUGAAUGUACAACUCGAAAUUUUGUCCCUUAAGAAUCACUUGACAACUAAACAAAAUUUUCAAAGGAACUGCAAUGAGUAGGAUAUUGGGUAUUCUUAAAGCAUUGUGGAGAUCUCAUAAGCAUGGACUAUUCUUGAACAGUUACACACACUAAUUUCAUAUUUAGUCCAUACUUAUCCAUCAAUGUGGUGCCAAAUUUGGAUUUUUUACUACCUUAGUACAUUGACUUAUGUUACCGAAACUAUUAAGACAACCGUAAGCCUGGGAUUUAAAGCACAAACCACUUCUUGAUGAUCCUAGUUUGCACAUACCAUAACUUGUGGGUAGGAUGAAAGUUUAAGAUUAAUUUUGCUGUAUUGACAUUUAGUUGGAACAAGUUGAAAACCUCAUCUGUGUUGCCUCAUAAACCUGAUACCAUUGUAAUCUUUGGACAAAUGUGUAUGUUCUCAGAUGCCACAUUCCACACUGACUCUUUCAGUGAAUAUAAACACAGCAUAAAACAAUUCCCAUGACCUAAAACUCACAACUUGUUUGUGAUACAUUAUGGUGCAAAGUUAUAUUGUGAACUUUCUCCCAUUGCAUCAGUAUUCUCCCAAAAAAAAAAAAAAAAAAAAAAAAAAAAAAAAAAAAAAAAAAUUACUGUGAUAAUCUCUCUGUUGUGUUAAGUUUGCUCUUGUUUGGUCUCUAACUCUCUUCUCAUAUCUUUCUUAACUAAUGCAGCAGUCUUUCCCGUAUGGCAGCUGAAUAUGCAUGGCACUCAUUCUUUGAGUGAGUAAAGAAUAUACUGGCCCUUUUUUCCCAGAUGGAAUGUCUCCUCAUAUCUCCCCCCAGCUUUUAUCUUAAAAAGUACCUUCAUUCAUCCUCUAUGUACUACCUUCCCUAUUAAGAAUUACAUCUCUAACAAGAGGUGAAAAUAAUAAUCUAAUUCUGUGAUUCUUUAAAUCAGAAAUACUUGGGUUAUUGUUAUAUGCUCCAAAACUACUUGUAACUCACCACAAAAACUGUCUUUGCUCAUAUCUAUGAGAAAGAGAGAGCAUGCACACAUGUAUGCUGUCUUGUGAUCAACAGAUUUCACACUAAUCAUUGUUCCAGUUUACCCCGUACAACCAACCAAAUAUUGCCUUUUACUGAAGUUGAGCUGACCAUAUAUUUUUAAUACUGAACUAUUUACAUUAUUCUUCCUACAGUCCAACUACCUACCUAUCCUAUCUAUGUACCUAACCACCCACCCAUUAUUGUUCCUGUUUGAAUUGUAGUUUACCCACCAUCUUCUGCAGACAUUGACUUUGUUUUCCAUUCUAGUGUCAUAAUAUUCCUAUUUUAAUCACGUUCCUGUGGACACAACAGUCUAACAGUGUGCGAAUGACUUCUCCCUCACUCUCCCCCCCCCCCCCCCCCUCUCUCUCUCUCUCUCUCUCUCUCUCUCUCUCUCUCUCUCUCUGUGUGUGUGUGUGUGUGUGUGUGUGUGUGUGUGUGUGUGUGUGUGUAAGAUCAUAUGAAAGUACCAGUGAUCAGAAGGCUGUGUUUUACACAGCACUAUGCUUUUCUGUGCCGGUAAUAAGAAAGAUUCCAUUAAUUCCACUACUGUAGCGUUUAUGAAUUACUGUUUAACUUUUUAUUGUUAUGUCAUGACUUCUGACACCUUUGCUAGGAAGAAAAGUACUUUGAUUUGAUGGAGACAUGAACUUGCUUUAGAAGAGAUUCUAAAAUAAGGGAAAGAUAUUUUUUAAAUUUUUUUUAGUGGGUGAGGAACAGAUAUACUAGUAAUUCUAAGGAAACUUUUUUUCCCUAGAAAUACAAUAAUUGUCUUAACUUCCUAAAUAAAUAAAUGAAUGAUAAUUUACAACUCAUCUUCUUUGUUUAACUGGAUGAGUGGCAAAUGGAGUAGUGGCUGGAAGCUGUUGGAACAUUUCACUUUGUUCACUCAGUCUUUUACAUAUUUGAAGAUUAGAAGUAAUUAUAUUAAAUACCAGUGAAAUAUUUAUAUACAUAUUAUGAAAACUCUGUGUUGACAUAAACUAAUAGAAAAAUUCAGUGUUUGUACUGGUACCACAUUAUAUAAAUUGUAAAUUAAUUGGUGAGAGAUUGUUGUAUACUGUUUCUUAACAUACUCAAUACAGAAUCUGAUUUGUGCUGCAUAUAGCAGUAAACUUGCACAUUAGUAUUACCUGUUUGCAGCUUCUUUAAAUUUGAUGUAAUAUCUGUACACUUAUUUUGUCUUGUUUGGAAUUUAACACAUGUACAGAAAUACUUGUUAAAUGUUUUCCACUUUCUCCGAAAAGAAGUUUCUAGCUGUCAAAAAUAUUCUACUGUGUGUUAUAUUGCUAUUUCUUAAGCAUUAAACAUUCUUAUAAAUUGUGGUCCUCAAAAGUUUUGUGGAAAGAAUUUAAGAAUGGAUGUCUGCAUAUGUUAUUACUAGUUCACAAGAUUUGGUUGUACAGGUUUUUUGCGGAAUGUAAAAACUGAAAGCACCCAGCUUUUACAUUCUUUUGCUUUCAAGUAAUGCAAGCAUUGGCUAUUCUUAAGCUCAAGGUUAUUAAAAGUCUGACAGAUUGUGAUACCAUCACAGUUUUCACUUUUUGGACAUGGGUUAAGUUGUAUUUCGUGUAGUUUUAGAAUGCUGAAUGUGGCAAAACUUCAUUUCAUCCACCUUAAAAUUGGAUUUCCCUCCUCUUUCUCUGACAAACUGGUCCUUAUUUGAACAUUCCAUCUGAAAUACUUGUGAAGAUGUAGAUCUGUAAGUUUCCUACAUUCCACCUAUAACCUUAAUUGUUAUAUCAGAUGUGUUUGUACAGAACAUGGCUGACAGGUAACAUGUGAAACUACUGUAUAGGCACAAGAUAAACAGAUACCAUUGCAGUUAUGUAUAAAUGUGUUUGUAAGUAACCUUCCUCUUAACUUUUUGCUGUUUGAGUACUGGGUAAAGUAAAUUGGGCUUCCCACAAAUACCCUUGUUAGAACUUCACUGCAUGAUUAAAUAUGUGGUGAUCUUGUCACGUAUAUAAGCUGCAAUAUUGGAAUAUGGGGAAUGAGAUGAUGAUCUGUCGAGGAGAUUGUUUCAGUAUUACUUCCAUUUAGGAAGUAUGUGAAAUAAAAAUUAUUGUACUUGUAUUAAUGUAAAUAAUAUGCAAACAAAUAUAUUUGAAUCACUAAUUGUUUGUGAAGUGUUCUGACUAAAUAAUAUUCACACAGUAGUAACUGGGUCUAUUAAAGUAAUAUAUGAGAAACAUGAAUGUGUAAUGCACAGUUUUUAAUGGAAUAUGUUUUUAUGCCUCCAUUUUACACUCAUUAAAAAAGGAUUGAGUGCAGUGUUAAGUCUGUUUUGCCUAAAGUAAAAGUGGUGCACAUCACAAAGUAUAGAAAAAAAUGUAGCGAAAAUUUCUCUAAAAUUCAUGCUCAUAAUUUCUGUUUCCAUGAAAUCUCUCAUUACACACAUUCUUAAGAUUUCUCAUUCUCUGAAUCUUAUACUUCUGUGGGAAUGGCUACAAUUAUAAAUUCUAAGCUGAUACGGGAUCUUCCAGGAAAUAGAUUAAGUUUCUGUUUAUUUAUAACAUGUCCAUUAUUUCCCAUAAGGUAAUAAUUAAUUACUGGAGACAUAUGUACAAAUUAUUUGUUGGGAAUUAAAAAUAUUUACAGUUUUUGUUACAUUCAUUGUAUGUGUAAUUCAGUUGCAUUUUGGCAGUAAUAUACAUUUGUUAUGUAACUUCAGGGUUUUUUUUAUGGUGAUGUUCAUGGUUGAUGAUUUCUCAGGUGUGCAGUCAGUUGUCACAAGAUGCUCUCACUGACUUCACAUUUAACAAUAAUCCAGCCAAUAUACUUUUGUGUGGUUUCAUAAUUAUUUGGAUUGUAUGAGUACAUAACACAUCGUAAGCCACACUUUUCACAUGACAGCUCUCUAUUUGUUUGUAAAGUGAUGCAUAAUAUACUUUUACCACUGGUGCAUAAAUUAUAAUUUGUACAUAUAAUCUAAUUUAUUUAAAAGCUUUAGGUACUGGAAAUUUCCACAAUUAUUCGUGGGUUAUAUCUGCCAUUGGUAAAUACAGUGGGUGCAUUUACAGGUAGGAAAAUGUUUCUGAAACCAGGUUAUUACUACUUGGAACUGAAGCUUAAAAGUAACUGUAUGGUGCAUGAGAGACGAUAGUAACUUUCGUUAAUUGUUAUGUUAGUAUCGUAAACCACAUAUCACUGAUGCAUACUUGAUGGUGAAUAAGUUACAGGAGUGUAAACGCGAGUAAAUAUUUUAUUUCAUACAACCUUCCACCUUUAGGUGUAAUUUUGAUUCCUGUAGAGUGUGUAGGAUACGAAGUUUUAGUCGUUAAUUGUUGUUGGUGGUGACCGGUGACAUCUCUGUAAUAACUUAACUGAAGAGUAACAAAUGAUCAUGGAUGACUAAAUAUCAUUUUUCUUCUUGUGGUUUCAAUCUUACAAUUGUCACCCUUAACAUUGCUGGUGGACACCAAAAGGGAUUGUUGAAAACUGACUUUAAGAGAAAAAGAGAAUAUUUUCAACCAACAGUAAACAGGCUAGAUACACUAUGAUCAAAAGGGGCCUAUUGUUUUAGGUGUGCUGGUAUUUACUUUUGUUUCUAAAUUUAAAAAUUACGAUACACAGUUAAUAUGUCAUUGUAUACCUCUGUGACUUCAGCUCGUAAAAUUGGUUGUGGUGUUACAGUUCACAAUUUUAUGUGAUUUUACCACACAAAAAUAGGUAUUCUAGUAAUUUGAAUAUAGAAUAUUGAGUUACAUUGUUGUCAGGUAGGGAAUGUUAACUUACAUACUUAGCAGUUUACCACUACUUUUCUUUACACUUUUGGCUCCAAACUAAUGACAUUUUACUUACAAGUAACUGCUAAAAAUAAUCAUCAGGUAGAGAAAUCAUUUUACACACUGAUAAUCUGAAUUUGGGCUCCAGUUUUGAAGAAAUUUUUAUACUAUGAAUUUGGUACCAUAAAGCAUACCUCAUUGAACAUCAGCAAUUACCCUGUAAAGUCAGUUAUAAAAAAAAUUCACCCAGUCUCAUGGAUAGUUCUUGUACUGCUAUUUGAUGUUGAGUGAAACUACACUAAAAUAGAAAGGAGAUGCAGCAACUUACGAAUCUUCAUUGUGUAUAUGUUGCAUUCAUUUAGAUUAAUAUUGAAGGUCAUUUUAACUCAGUAAUCAGUUGAUUUAUGCACUCAACCAGCGUGAGGUGAUUUCUUUUAAAUUUGUUGUGUAUCAGUGUCAGGGCAUUUUAAUGCCAGAUACAGUGCAAAAGCAACUGAUUCUUUGAAUCCUCUGAUGCUCUGGAUAAGUAAUAGAACAAUGGAUGAAUUUUACCCUGUGAAGAAGCUAAAUGUAAUAACAAGUUAUGGUUUAUGAUGAUAGUAGUAGUAAUAGUAGUAGUUUCAUACCCUUCUCUUGUCUUUCAAAGAAGAACUAUGAUAUUUUCUUUUCUUGAGAGUAAUUCAAAGUUUAUUGUGUAACAACACUGUUGGACAAUUAAUUUAAAAUAUGACACAUAAAUCACACUGAUGAAGUCGUAAGUGAUGUUAGAACACACUGGAUCCAUCAAAUGACUUUUUCUUCUUUUUUAUUGUCUAGUGAGAAUAUUCCUCACUACACAAGAGUUUGAUAUCAUACCAGUGCCUACACUUUCACAACUGAUUUAGAGAGAGAGGGAAGAGGGGCUAGACUGUGAAAACGAGGGAAGAAUUAUACAUAUUUUUUGGGUCCUCUGUUUGAAAAAUAACUUUUGUGAUUAAACAUUUGUACUAAAGUGGUAAUUAUUUUCUAUCUUUCCAAAAGCAUGACAAGGGUAAACAUUGUUAUAACUGUCACUCAUAAUGUAAUCUGUGAGGUAAGUGGUAAAAUUCCUUAAUAAUAGAUGCCGCAUCAUUUAGCAUUUAUUAUUAUUAAUGCCAUUGGAAUUUAUUACUCUUCCUUGGCAUCAAUGUUUGUUGGAGUACCACAGCAGAAGGGGGUGAUAUUUGUUUAAACCAAAUCAUAUUUAAAUCAUUUCAUCAUCUCCGAAUCCUUUUAUUUUUAAAUUGUGCGAAAUUCAUAAAAAGAAAAUGCACCAUUUCUUGUAGCUUUCAAAGGAGAAAUGCUUACUGUUAUCGACUUCUGCUAAAUCGCAUCUUGCAUCACAUCAUGUUCUGUGCCAUAAAAUUUUGCAUUACAAAAUAAGUGAGAGCACUUGUUUAAUGAUACUAGUGUGGAUGUUUCUGCCAACACAGAAGCUACUAUACAGCUGUUUAUUGUAUGAUUGAUUAUAAUAUGUUAUUUAUGAAGUACAUUAACUCUACCAGCAAUCUUAUCAGUAUUUUAAUAAUUUUGGGCUCUUAUUUGCUGAUAUUCUAGUAGCUAUUGAAGUUCUAUAAUGAGCUUAAUAAUAAUAAUAUUAUUAAUAAUAAUAAUUAUAAUUAUAAUAAUUAUUAUUAUUAUUAUUGUUGUCAUGGUUAUUGUGGACAAUGCUAUGCUAAUGUACAAUACAGACAUUGACAGAUUGUGUAAUUUAUAAAUAUCGGAGAAUUUCCGGCAGAAUUUAGCAGUAGCAGUAUCAUAAAGUCUAUUCUGGUAUCAAAUUCAGUUCAAGCGGCAAGUAUUUCCAUUUUCAACAUGAAUUCUGAUGAUAAGAUAUAAAUGUUAACAGAUGCACAAGAUGUGAUCCUUCUUUUAACAGUAUUAUGUUUUUGGUGGUUAUAAAACAAAAUUUAUCUUGGGAGUUUGACUUGCCUUUGUCAUAUGGUAGAUCAGUAUUGUGCUUUAUGGCUUUGUCAUCCAGUAGUGUUGCUUUAGUGUGAUUUGGCACUAUAAAUAAUUGUUGAUUUCUUCAUCUAUUGAUCUUGGUGUUACUAUGUUCCAUAAUUUUGCAAGAUCUUUCAGUUUGAGACUGUUUGUAUAUUUUAAACCAAUUUUUGUACUUAAUAUUCAUUACUAGAUAAGUUAGGUAUGUUGUUUUUCUUUUAUAUCUCAUUUAGGUUCUUUAUCUUGUGUUUACAAGUAGUUUCUAAACACAAAAUAUGGCUAACUGUGAUUUCCCGCUUAUCACAUUAUGAGGAUGUAAUAGGCAGAUGUGGAUAAAAUCAACACUCUUGUUUUACUUGAUCUUUUUUUUUCCAAUUUGAUCUUUUUCAUGUUUAUAUUUGGUUUUCGUAAGCGGAUGUGGAGGAAGUGGGAGAUCAUUUCAGAGGUGUCCUGGUAUUGUUUUUCUUACAUAUGGAAUCUUGCAUGUGCCUGCAAGUCACAGGUGUUUUGCUUUUCACGUGAAAAUGCUUAAUCCUUUUGCUCUCAUCUAAAGUUUGUAUUUCUUUCUUUAACAUAUUUUUGCCCAGAAAAGGUAGCAGAGAUAGGCACAACACUACCACAGUUACAAUUUUUAUAUGAUUUUCAUCACAACUUAACAUUUUCAGAAAACUACUUGCUUUGUGAAGUAGCACAAAUUGCACUUUACUGCAUUUCUGUAAGCAUUAUAUGUGCACAGUAUCUAUAAUGACUAAAAGUGUUGCAGUUCAUAAAAAAAGAGUCUGAACCUGAUAAUCUGUGUUUGAUACUCUGUAAGAUAUCUCAUUUUUUUACUGACCUAAGUUAUUUACGAGGAAAAUACUGGAGGAGUUAAGUGUGCAGUUUUUAUUUCUCGUUUUAGGCCAUGGUAGCAUGAAAUGAACUUUACAGUAAUAAAAUUCUUGCUGUUAUAAUGAAAUUUAGAGAAAAAAAUAUAAUUUUUCAUUUGUAUAUUCCUUGUCUUAUUUCUCAGCCAAGCUGCUGUGAAGCAGUAAAUGGAUUUCAUGCUCUCUUUCAAGUCAGACUGACAUUUUCAUGCUGAUAAUAUUUGUGAAAUAUGCUGAUAUGUCUAAAUGUCCAUUUUCUUUGCCUGUUCUUUAUUUUACAACUGUAUAAAUUCCAGAAUAUUAUGCGGACUUCAUACCUUGCAACUGAAAAGUACAUUUUAAAUGAUGAUGUGUUACUUACCUUUAAGCUGCAUCAUUGUUUUGUUAUACACUUACUGGAUAUGUUUCAGAAAUGCACUAGUUUUCAACAGUCAGUUAUCUGCUCUAAAUGGAAUGCUUUUCUAAAACCUGCUAAGUAUGUGAAUACAAAAACAAAGACACAGUUUAAAGGUAACAAUGUGUCUUUUUUUUUUUAAUGUAUACAUUGUGGUUUUCAGUAUUGCCAUUAAUACGUAAAGGAACCUGCCAUUUUAUGGCAAUUUAUUUUAUUAAAUUUUGUGUAUUUAAGUUAAGAAAAGUUUUGUUGCUGAAAACAGAUAGUAGUAAAUAAAUGGAUUAUACAGUCUAAUGGUAAUUCAUUUCACUGCACUCUCUUUGUCAGCAUUUUUCUAUGCUGCUUGUGUCUACACUGUUGUCAGGUAAUGUGUACACAGUGCAUAAUCAAGGAAUCCACUAAGUACCUGUUUUAGGAUGAAAAUGGUAAUGUUGUUGAACUAAGUUAAAACUAUUGGAGUGCAUUAGUUUUGGAUACACUGUGAUGAUGUAAGCUUUAUUGUUGUUUGUUCUAUUUCGAAAAUGAUCAGGCUGGAAAUGGAGGACUUAAGAUGUCAUAUUGUUUAAAGCAUUAUUAAUUUGAUAUCAUAUAUAAAAAGCAUCAUAAAAUUAACAGGAUCAUUCCAUUGAAAUAGUUUUAAAAUGGACAUGACGAAAUUUCAUAUUCUUUGUUGUAUUUGAGUAGUACAAAUGCUGAAAUUGUGAAAAUAAUGAACUUAUAUAUUUGUGACUGCUUUGUCACUUAAAUGUUAAAGCGUAGCCUUUGAAUAUGUGUUGUUGUAAUAAAAUUUCUCU